GCAAUUCAUUUCUUGACACAUUUUAAACAACCUGGCCCUUUAUUUCUACUUUCUUAACUCCUGCAAAAACUAGGCAUGCCACCAAUAAUAACCGCUGUUCGUUUCUCUUAAGCAUACAGAUGCGCGUGCACAGAAAUAAAAACCACUACACACGUGCACACAAGACACAAGACCAAAGCAUGAAAGCUUUCACUGAGUGCCAAAUGUGCUUCAUCUCAUUAUCACUAUAACACUUCACAUCGGAAACACCAACAAAAAGAGCCUCAUGACUGACAUGUCGGCCCCGCAGAGUAGCCAUGGCACCCCAGACGAUAUGUGCCGGUCCUCCGCCUCCUCCUUGCUGGAGAGCAAUGGUGGAGAAGAGGAGGCGUUAGAUCGUGGCCUCAUCUUCCCUGUGGCUCGGUCAUGCCUUCUAGCCAAUAGAAUAUUGAAGCUCCGGACCUGCCCGAACUACAUGUCGCUGAAAACCCGGCGCAAAAGGGAGAUGACACCCGUUGAAAAGAAAGACGCCAACUACUGGGAUAAGCGUCGCAAGAACAACGAGGCGGCCAAACGCUCACGAGAGAAAAGGAGGGUAAAUGAUCUGAUGCUGGAGAGCCAGCUGCUGGCCAUCAGUGAAGAGAAUACCAUGCUGAGGGCUGAGGUGCUCAGCCUACAGUAUCACAUCGGCCUAGGGAAAGAGGCAGGCCAAGCCACCCGGCCUUUCCAUGGCCCGGCUCCACUGCACUAUCCAAUAAAACCCACCCUAUUUCACCCAGGGGUUGGAGGCCACCCCAUCUCCCUCCUGGGGGACCAGCAUCAUUUGGAGGGUCUGUACCUUAGAACCAGGGUGCAGCCUACAUCCAAAACCAGCGUUGGUAUUCUGGGUGUCGAUCAAUGUAGUCCUCAGAAUUUUUGGAAUUCAGGUCUUUCUCACUAUGUUCCUCCCUCCUGCAACUCCCAGAGAACAGCCUGUGCUUCAGAAAGCUCUGGGUCAGUUGAACAGGAGGAAUUUGCUCACCAGGUCUCAUCCAGUCAUGAUCUUCCUAGCGGCCUGGAAGCAGCUCCUGCCUCAAACAGAGCCUUUCUGACAGCUUUUCACACUCUCCCCUCUUCUCCCAUUCUUCCCACAUCCUCAUGCCCACCCCAAAGUUGGCUGCUCCCCAGUCUGAAUCCCAUGCAGGCUCAUACCAACCGCCUGCUGCCCUGCAGUUCACCCCACCUCCCCCAGGCAGCCCUGUACCCCAGCCGGCCUCUCUACCUGCCACUGGAGGAUAGUGCGAGGGAGCACCAGCCCCUAGAUAUACACAGGGACUACAGGGACAGAUUCAACAGGCUGGGACAGCUCAGGAGGUACCUCAGUCGAGACAGCAGCUAAAAAGCAUCAUUGUGAAGAAGAAAUACUGU